AUGCGUAUACUAAUAUUCUUCUCAAUAAUUUCUUGGUUUUCUAUCAUCAAUAUUAAUGCUGAUGAAGUUAUUGACGAAGAAAGUUUUUAUCCUCCAUAUUGGUAUUUAGCUGCUUCAUCAUUAGACGAUUUUCCAUUAAUAAAUGGUUCAUCUUUUCAAUAUCGAUUAAUCGAUCCAUGGUCUUAUCUUCAUAGACUUGGUCUAUAUAAAAUUUUAAUUAAUAUAACAACACCAUAUAUGCCAUUUUGUUCCUCAUCAAAUGCAUCAAACAUUCUUUUUGCAUUACCAUCACAAUUCGGUUGGCUAUUUAGUUCAAAUCGUCUAUUUACAUAUGGUACAAUGAGGAUUUCAACGCAUAGUUGGUGGGCAUCAGCUAAUUAUUAUUUAUCAGUAAUACCAUUUCUAGUUGCUAUGGAUAUUGGUCUUAUUAAAAGAGAACCAUUUCGAAUAAUUCAACGAGAAAAUUUUUGUACAAAUUUUUCUGAAUGUUUUAACCAAAUUCCAGAUGCAAUGAUACAAUGGUAUCGAUUUUUUUAUCAUCUUCAACAAUCAUCAUUAUGUAUAGGACAUAAAAAAAUUGAUAAACGUAUUAUUGAUAAAUGUUAUUUAACACAUAUGUGGAUAGCAUAUAAAAGUUCGAUUUAUAAUUCAUUACCAUUAGUUACAUCAAAAUUACAAUAUCUUCCAACAAAUGUUGAAAAAUCAUUUGGUCUUGGUUGGGCAAAAUUAAUUAAUUUAAUUUCUAUGACAAGAAAAAAUACAAAUUUAUAUGAAACAAUUAAAAAUCAACGAAGAUUUUUACCAUUUCGUAUGUUAAGAAAAUCAGAUCGAAAAGCAGAUUCAAAGGAUUUAUCAGAUUCAGUUAAUAGAUCAUUAAAAGUUCUUUUUUCAUUUCGUUUUGAUUGGUUAUUAUUUAUUGAAAAAGUUUGGGGAAGAUUAACAUGUAAUUUUGAUUCAAGACUUAAUGCUCAAUAUACAUUAGAUACAAUGGCUGUAUCAAAAUUAGUUGCCCUACAGUAUUUAGCUAAAACAACAUUUUAUGCAUUUUUCUAUAAAUGUGAUCGUUUAUAUUAA